AUGGAAGGAAAAGUCAGAAAUAUGCUAGUGUUUUCCUUGCUUCUUUCUCCUACACUUCUGAUCUUUCGCUUUCCCUAUCUCUUCCAGUAAGAUAACUUGUUCCACCUUUAUUUUCAGGCUCACCCAUAACCACUGUCUCAUGCCUGCUGCUAUUGGUGACUGGUUUCUUCCAUUUCCUCAUGCUCCCCCUCACUGAAGGUGUGUUGAUCUAGUGGGAAAAGAUAAAUUUAGAGAAGCAGAAAAAUUGUUACAUGUGCCCUGUUCAAGGGAGCAGGGGAAGGCAGUGAGGGAAGCUACUGUCAGUCUUUUAUACUUAAUAGACCUCCCACUACUGUGGUCCUUUAAGGAUAGCCAGCCAAAAACACCUCAUGGAGCUCAUGUGGAGUGGGAACAGGGCAAGAAUGGUGGCUAGGGGGAAGAGGUUAGGGAUGCAUUGCCCCCAUCUCCUUAUGGACCUCCUAAGGUGAGAUCUCCCAGUAAACCUGAGGAGGAAUAUUGGCCCCUCUCUACAGCUUUAGGGACAUGUUAGGUCCCUCACAUGGCAUGUUAGGCCCACAAGACAUGUGGAACUUGUUAUGCCCCCUCAACUGCCUUUGGGUAGGAAAAUGAUCCCAUUUUCCAUUGACAAGCCUUCCUAGCAAUAGGGUUGCCUUGUGAGGUCUAACUAAGGUAACGGGACAGCAGUUGAUGUGUAUACUUAGACUCCCGAUCCAGCAAAACCCUAAAUCUUAAACUUUACUAGGCCCACUGGCUUUACUAGGACUGAAGUCAGGCAUGUGCUUGUGCUUUGCUUGUUUGUGUCCUUAAUAGCUUGGAUUAGAUGGUAUUUUAUAACAAAAUUACAACUUCAUAAAGAAAUUUAACUUCAUUUUUGGUCCUAAAGUCCAAAUCUCAACCUGGUUAUUCAGACUGACCAGACUGAUCUUCCCUCUCCCCUCCACCCCCAACCUCUUUUUUUCCAGUCUUUAGACUGUCUUGCUUUAGAGUGUCUUGGUUAAGUCAUUUAUCUGAUUGUUGUCAAAUUUGGAUAAAAAUAAACAUGUACCCUGGCCCUGACCUAAACUGCAAAUUUUGAGGCCAACAUGUAAGUCGCACGUUUGCUUUCAAGCUGAAAUAUGGGGUGGCUGCUGACUAUCACAAUACUGGUUACACAGAGCCUAGCUUACAUUCAUGCUGCUUUUGCUCUUCAGUGACUUCCCUGUUUUUCAUUAUUGGUAGAAAUAAUAAAUAUAGAUCCCAAUAACUGAGCAAAUGACUUGCCAACAAAUUCAGGGACAUCUCAAUCAAAAAAGGGGACAGUAAAAUCAAUGUGUGGUUCCUAAUCUGUAAUGCAGAGAUUGUCAAAUCCCUCAAGACUUCCUUUUCAAAAUGUACAAUAUGUAAAACCUGUUUAGGAUUUGGAUUGGUAUAGUCACAGAAACUGUGUGGUGCUGCUGCCUGUAUGCAGUAUGUGCUAGUGUGUAUGCUUGGCAGUGGCACAAAGGGAGGCAGUUGAUGAUAUUCAUAGGAUUAAAGGCCUGAUUCCUGAGGACACACUUGGUUGGAUGCAAUUACAAUGCCUCUCAGGCAUUUGAUACCAGACACCCCUUGACAAACUGUUUGAGCAGACGCGAGUCGCAGCAUCCUAUUGUGAGUGAAUGAUGGCGGAGCUGGCUGGCUUGUCAUCAUUCUCGAAAAUUCUGUGGCCAGUGAACUCCCUCUUCCUCUCCCACUCGCCCUCUUUUCCUUUUCACCACUGCAGGGACUUUUUCUAAUUUGCAGUUUUCCUUUUCCUGACGUACACAUGGUAGAUACAAGCUGGUGGCUUGCAGACUGCGUCUGUCUGGAGAUAGGCAGCAAGCUGAUGGAUAAUAAUGCUCCAGGAGAAUGAUUAUGCAGCAGUUAUUUAAGGAUAGGCUUUUUGGGGUAUGGCAGCGCAUGAGCUGAUUCGUCAGCCUGCAUACACUAAUUUGACGCACUGACUAGGAUUUGCUUUUUCACAGAUCAAAAAAGGAGCCAGAGAGUCUUCCUGGUUCUUUAACAAUUGGACACAGCAGCCUUGACCCUCUACCAUCUGCUUAAAAAGGACAGGUGGUAAAGGAGAGGAAAUAUGGCAGAUGAUAGGAAGGAGGAAGCCAAGGCACCACACUGGACCUCAAGUCAACUAGCAGAGGCUUCUUCACACCCACAUUCUCCAGAAAUUAAAGAGCAAGCUGGUGCAGGUGCCGGACUGGUCAGAAGUGCCAAUGGAUUUCCAUACAGGGAGGAUGAGGAAGCAAGCUAUGGUGAACGUGAGCAACCAGGCACAUAUUCUAGAACCAAAGAGAACGGGAUCAAUGGAGAACUAUCUACAGGAGACAGAGAAACAGCAGAAGAAGUUUCUGCAAGAAUAGUCCAAGUAGUAACAGCUGAAGCUGUAGCAGUCCUGAAAGGUGAACAGGAAAAAGAAGCCCAGCACAAAGACCAGCCUGGACUGCCUUUAGCAGUUGAAGAAUCAGCUAAUCUGCCUCCUUCCCCACCUCCAUCACCAGCCUCAGAACAGACUGGAACACUGGAUGAAGAAGAAGAAACAGUACACAGUCCAAUGGCCGAGGAAAAGAAACCAGCAGCCCUUCCUGGAAAGGAACUGGGGAAAGAGAAUAGGCCUGCUGAACCUUCAGACCAGGCAAAGGGCCUCAUUGAGGGCCAGCUGGAUUCUGGGUCGGAGGCCAAAGUGUAUCACGAAGACAGAGUGCUAAGUGCUGCACCCACCUGGGAAAGAGUAACAGUUGUCCAGGAAGUGUCCUUGAAAGUGAAAGCACCUUCCUUGGCUGAGGAAGAUUUACUUACAGCCUCGAAGAUGGAAAUCCAAGACCAGGAGGGCACAGGCCCUUUCACAGCUGAGCCAUUAGACACAAAGGAACGUGAAUCAGAGAAAGACAUUAAGACUGGUGAGCAACCUAAACAUGAUGCCUUAGUUCCACAGCCAGCAAAAACAGAGGAUACAGAUAAAAAGGAAUCUCGUGGAAAAGAAGAGGGAAUGCUUCCCACUUUCUCACAAACUUUGGAUACCGAUCUGCAAAAGAAAGGAGAAGUAAGUUCCACAGAACCUGAUUCAACUGCAAAACCUUCUGUCUCUCAAGAACAAAGGGACUUGUCCACUGAACAACCAAAAGAGAGUAAAGCAGAUGAAAGGAGUAUGGAUGACUCAAUACCUUCAAGCCAAAUGAUUCCCUUAAAAUAUAAAGAUGACUUUAAAGAUGUCCAAGAUCACGUCUCCAUGCAAGGAAUAAGUUCUUUACCACCAGAAUCCGAAGUUGAUGUGUCAGAUACUGUCAGAAAAGAAGCUCCUUCAGAAACAUCACCAGCUGUCCCACAGAAAUAUCAGAUUGAAGACAGUUACAAAAUAAAACAAGACUCUACUGAACAACAAAUUGCCAAAGAUUUCUCAAGAGAGGAGGAACGGAUCUCCAAAGACAAAAUAGAAACUCUAGAGGCACAAGGAGUCUCAGCAGUGACUGUAGAUGCCCCAAUUGCAGAGGAAAGGUCCACCCAGAAAUUUUCUACUUGGGGGGAAGAAAAGGACAUGACAAGAGAUGAGAGUGAUGAAGAUGAAAGAUAUGAUUUCCUUGAUGGACAGAAGUCCAAGGUAUUAGAUGACAGUAAUUUUUUUACAAAGUCUGAAGAGAAAGGACUUGCUGCAGACAAAGAAAUUGUUCAAAAGGAAGGUGAAACUAAAAAGUCACCUGAUAGUCUCAAAACAGAAAAAGAAAUGGAUCAAGCUGAAGUUUCAGCAGCAAUAGAUGCCAAAAAGGAAGAACAGGCAAGCAUAAAGGCCCCCACAAGCACAUUAAGCCAUGAAUCUGUAGAUAAAGUUCAGUUAUCUAAAACAGCAGAGAAAGCUCCUGAUGCUCUAAGCUUAACAGGUGAAAAAGGUCCAACUCAAGAAUUUUCUCAUGAAAAAGAUAUAAAAAAGGAUACUAAGGAAGAUAAUAUCUGUAUUGCAGAGUCAGCUACUCAUGAAAUACAAGCAGAAGAGGAUAGGUCAGGAAUGUCAAAGUAUUUUGAAACAUCUACUUUGAAAGAAGAAGCAAUAAAAAGUGACGUUCAGAAGCAAGGCAGUGAUUACUAUGAACUAAGUGAUACUAAAGAAAGUGCAUACGAACCUUAUCAUAUAGAUUCUGUAUUGUCUAAAAAAGAGGAAGAUGAAUUAGAGUCAGAAACAGAUCAACACCCCAGUGCUCAUGAAAUAGGGUACAGUACUCUUGCUCAUACUUUUCCAUCUGACAACUCAGAGGAACCCAGUUCACCAGAAAGAAUGUUCACUAUUGAUCCCAAGGUAUAUGGGGAUAAGAGAGAUAUCCAUAAUAAAAAUAAAGAUGAUUUGACUCUAAGCAGGAGCUUAGGACUUGGAGGUAGAUCUGCAAUUGAGCAGAGAAGUAUGUCAAUUAACCUGCCAAUGUCUUGUCUGGAUUCUAUAGCUCUAGGAUUUAGCUUUGGUCGGACACAUGAUCUGUCUCCACUAGCUUCAGAUAUUCUGACUAAUACUAGUGGGAGCCUGGAUGAAGGUGAUGACUACUUGCCAGCAACCACCCCAGCAUUAGAGAAAGCCCCUUGCUUCCCUAUCGAUAGCAAAGAUGAUGAUGAUGAUGAGAUUGAAGAGGAGAAAGCCAUGACAGAAGAAAACAUUCAGGCUGAAUCCCUGGUUGAGUCACCUUUCCUGGCUAAAGAUUAUUACAAAAAUGGGACUGUAAUGGCUCCUGACUUGCCUGAAAUGUUGGAUCUAGCUGGCACAAGGUCUAGAUUAGCUUCUGUGAGUGCUGAUGCAGAGGUGGCUCGAAGGAAAUCUGUUCCUUCUGAUGCUGUUGUAGAAGACAGUGGUACAACCCUGCCUCCUGUGACUGAUGAAAACCACAUAACCCUAAAAGCUGAAAGUCAGCUGGAAGAUUUAGGCUACUGUGUCUUCAAUAAAUACACAGUUCCACUUCCUUCUCCAGUCCAGGACAGUGAAAGUUUAACUGGUGAAACAUGCCCUUUUUAUGAAGGCACAGAUGAAAAACUGAGAAGAGGUCUACCAGCUGACCUGUCUUUGAUAGAAGUCAAGUUGGCAGCAGCUGGAAAGUCCAAACCAGAAUUUGGUGGUGAAUUUGCUAGUGAACAAGACUUGAGCCAGCAUAUAUCUGGUGACUCAAUGGUCCUGGUAAGGGAAUAUGAGCAGGAGAAGAAAGGUGCUGAUAAGCUAGAUACUCUGCUAGAAAAAAGUGAAGAACAGGCUGAUUCUAAAGAAAUGGAUGCCAUUAAAAGUAAAGAACAUGAGAAAAUGAGGCCUGAUGCAAUUAUUGAAGUGAAAGAAGAAGGUUUGGUUGAUAAACUUCAUAUAGCUGGGUCAGACAAUGCAUUAGCUAAAGUGAUCACCAAAGAAAAAGAUAUUGUUUCUUUAUUUAUUGAGAAGGAGGAAAAGUCUCUUAGUGUUGUUCCAGAGGUGGCUGAGGCAGAAACACCACAAAAACCAGACUAUGAUGCUAUAAAACAUGAUCUGGAUGUUGCUGCAAGGCAAGUAGAUGAAGAAUAUCAGCGUCAACUAGAUAAUAAGAUCAGUGCAUUUGUUAUACCUGCUUCAGGGCAGGACAAAGCUUAUCUAAAAGGAGCAGACUCUGAAAUACAAGAAGCUCCAAAAGACCAGACUUCAUUAUCCAAGGAACCAAAAGAGGCAGAUGUUCUCUCAAGGACUGAGCCUACUCAUGUAAAGGACAGCACCAAACCAUCUGAAACUGAGAUCAAGGAGAAAGUAACUAAGCCUGAUCUGGUGCAUCAGGAAGCAGUUGAUAAAGAAGAAUCUUAUGAGUCUAGUGGAGAACAUGAUCAGACCCAAGAGGGCUUGAAUGAAGAAUCUCUAAAACCAGAUGACAACAAAACAGAAUCUCAGAAACCUUCUGUGUCAGAAGAAGAUAUUACAUCAAAAUGGCCAGCGAAGGAGCCUCCCCUUGAGUUCCCCAUUUCCGAAGCUGAGUCUGCGCAGGAGGAGACAGCUGAAAUCCAAAUGGAGAGCAUACCACAACCUAAAGAAGAAGCUCCUGAUGCAGCUGCAAGACCCAUGGAAACCACAGAGCAGCUGCCAUAUGGUCUAACAGCUGAGACUCCAAAAGGAGAAGAGCAUGAAGAAGGAGGAGGAGAGGAGGAGAAGGAAGAAGAGAAGCAACAGUUCGUAAGAGAAAUGCCUCAAGAAGCAGACUUGAAGACAGCUGCCAAAGAAGAAGUGCCAGCUGAGGCCGGCUUAGAGGAAAUGCCUGAACUAAAAGGAGUUAUUGAGUCUGUUGUCACUGUUGAGGAUGACUUCAUCACAGUGGUGCAGACAACUGUGGAUGAGGGUGAAUCUGCUUCUCACAGCGUGCGCUUUGCUGCCGCACAGCAGGAAGAACUGGAAACAGGAGACUCUCAGCCUGAAGAGGAAGUGGAUAUGGAGGAACCAGCUGAUAGCCAAGCAGAACUCAAAGAAGGCUCGCCAGAAGCUCCUGCCUCACCUGAGAAAGGAGAAAUCCUGCUUACUGAUUAUAAGACUGAGACAUAUGAUGAUUACAAAGAUGAAACAACUAUCGAUGACUCCAUCAUGGACACAGACAGCCUCUGGGCAGAUACUCAAGAUGAUGAUAGGAGCAUCAUGACAGAACAGUUAGAGACUGUUCCUAAAGAGGAGAAGGCAGAGAGAGAAUUGCGAAGAUCAUCUCUCGAUAAACAUAAAAAAGAGAAACCUUUUAAAACUGGGAGAGGCAGGAUUUCUACUCCUGAAAGGAAAAUAGCUAAAAAGGAACCUAGCACACUCUCCAGAGAUGAAGUGAGAAGGAAAAAAGCAGUGUAUAAGAAAGCUGAACUUGCUAAAAAAACUGAAGUUCAGGCCCACUCUCCCUCCAGGAAAAUCAUUUUAAAACCUGCUAUCAAAUAUACUAGACCAACUCAUCUCUCCUGUGUUAAACGGAAGCAGACAGCGGCAGGUGGUGAAACAAAUCAGGCUCCUGGUGUAUUUAAACAAGCCAAGGAAAAACUUUCAACUUCCUCUUUGUCAAAGAUUCCUGCCUCAAAGUCUAGAGCAAAGUCAAUGCUUCCUCCAAGACCCAGCUCAGCUUGCUCACUAACUACUAAAAGAGCUACUUUUCUCGAUACAGACAGUUAUUUUGUACGGCCCUCCUCAGCGGGCCCAAGAGACUGCUUGCCAUACUCAAAAUCAGAUACUAAGGAUGGAGUAACCAAGAGUCCAGAAAAGCGUUCAUCUCUACCAAGACCUUCCUCCAUCCUCCCCCCUCGGAGAGGUACCUCAGGAGACCGAGACAGAGAUGAGAACUCUUUCUCCCUCAAUACCUCUAUUUCUUCUUCAGUACGACGGACCACCCGAUCAGAGCCAAUUCGUAGCAGAACAGGAAAAAGCGGCACUUCUACACCCACGACUCCUGGAUCUACUGCGAUCACUCCUGGUACCCCACCUAGCUACUCUUCGCGUACCCCAGGGACUCCUGGGACGCCCAGCUAUUCCAGGACACCCCAUACUCCUGGAACUCCCAAGUCUGCUAUCCUAGUGCCCACUGAGAAGAAAGUAGCCAUCAUACGCACUCCUCCCAAAUCUCCAGCAACACCCAAGCAGCUACGAGUUAUUAAUCAGCCUCUGCCGGACCUCAAGAAUGUCAGGUCCAAAAUUGGAUCAACAGAAAAUAUCAAGUACCAGCCAAAAGGGGGACAGGUUAGGAUUUUAAACAAGAAGAUCGAUUUUAGCGAUAUUCAGUCCCGAUGUGGUUCCAAGGAUAACAUCAAACAUUCUGCAGGGGGAGGAAAUGUACAAAUUGUAACUAAGAAGAUAGACCUGAGUCAUGUCACUUCCAAAUGUGGCUCCCUGAAGAACAUCCGUCAUAAACCAGGUGGGGGGCGUGUGAAAAUUGAAAGCGUGAAGCUGGAUUUCAAAGAAAAGGCUCAGGCUAAAGUUGGUUCACUUGAAAAUGCCCACCAUAUACCUGGAGGUGGUAACAUCAAGAUUGACAGCCAGAAGCUAAACUUCAGAGAGCAUGCUAAAGCCCGUGUAGAUCAUGGGGCUGAAAUCAUUACGCAGUCACCAGGCAGAUCCAGUGUGGCUUCUCCUCGCAGACUCAGCAAUGUCUCAUCCUCUGGAAGCAUCAACCUGCUUGAAUCCCCUCAGCUUGCUACCCUUGCUGAAGAUGUCACGGCAGCCCUAGCUAAACAGGGCUUAUGAAUUUGCUUCAUUUAGCAGUGUAUGAAGUAAUAAUAUUUAGGCAUGAGCUCUUGGCAGGAAUGGGCUCAGAGCAGGUGUUACAUUCAUUCUUUACCAUGUCUAAAAUUAAGUCACAUCCCAAGACUGUAGUAACUAUACAAUAAAAAAAAAUGAAAAAAAAUAGAUACAAAAAUUGGCCUGAUCUCCAUUUACAGCAGGAAGACACUGGCUUUACAUGGGUAUACAAUCAAAGUAUAUUAUAUUGGACAAUUAUUGUUGCUCUGCUCUGUCUUGCAUGGAGUACCGUACUAUGAUAAAAUGCAUUUUUACCUUUCAUGUGCCUGAAGGCUGUCCACCUCUUUCUGAAGAGCCUUGUUAAUAUCCCAAGUUGCUCAUUUCACUGUUCUGUUGAUAGGUGGGAGAAAAAAAAGUUGCCCACUGUAAUUUAUUACAGGUUAAAUUAAACUGAAGAAUCCACUUAUCAGAAGGAAGGGCAUAUAAAGAAAAUCAAGUUUAAUUAAAGUGUUAUUUUGUAUAAAUGGGUAGAAGAAAGAUUGAAUUAAGUUAUUAACAUUUUUGGGCCUGGUUAACCCUGUCAGUGUAUAGCUGAUUCCAAUAAAUUAUUUAACUAAUAACUAAAAAUAGUAGUUGAAAAACACUUGAACCAUGCUUGAGGAAGUGACAUGGAAAAGCUAUCGAAAGGGAGCACUUCCAUUCCAAUGGACUUGUGUCUGAUUAGAAUGUUGGUUAAGCGGCUAGAUUUGUGUACACACUACCGGUUUCACAUCCUUUCCAUCUGUUUGAUACAGUAUUAUAGAUAUAUAUAUUUCUCUGUGGCCAUUUGUGAUACGCCCUCAUAUACUUGAAUAUUAUACUUCUUUAUUCACAGUAUCUGUGUCUCUUGCACCCUUUGGUGUUGCAAUUUUAGGUAUGUAAAAGUAGAUGUUAGCAGGGUUUUUUUCCCUAUUCAGAAAAAUACAUUAAAAAAAAUGACAAAAAUUUUAGCAUGAAUUGCUUUCUGUAACAACUAAAAGCCGUGACCCUGUUUUAGUGCCAGAUGCAAGUCUCUUCUGUGAUGCUAGAAAAAUAAUUCCUUCCCUCCCCCUUUUCUUCACCAAGACUGAUUUUGUGGGGUCCAGAUGUUUGUAAAAGGGUCUCCAAAGAGGUGGGUUUAGAUUUUGGAUUUUUAAAAAUCCAAAAAUAGUUUGGUUUUGGCAUUUUUAAAAAUUCCUGUAGUAACAAUGAAUACUGGAUUUAUUUAUUCUUUUUUCUUUUGCUAAAGUUGAAACACAGAAUAAGAGUAUUAGGGUGUCAUUCUAGUCCUUCAGUGAUGUCUUAUGUAUAUGAUCAGGUGCUCAGUAAUAAGCACUGUAGAACAUGCCUAUAAAUUAUAAUAAAUAAAUAAAUAAAAUAAAAUAAAAUAAAUAAAUAAAAUAAACAUCCUAGACUGGGUCACUAUGAUGACCGGAUAGAUAAUAGGGUAUCUUUAAAUCUGAACCAACUGAGAUUAUAUUGACUAUAAAAAGUAUAAGACAAAGUGUGAAUUAAAAGAAAAAGGCAGAGAGAGAUAAACAUCACAUCUAAUGGAGUUACUUGUAAGGAUUCCAGUGCUACCUUAUGGACACUAAGAAAACACUGAAGGUAAUAUGGUACUAUUAUUCAUCAGUGGAUAAUAAUCUGCUGAUGUUAUAUAUAAUAGACAUUAUGAAAUGACCAGUUUACACACUUGCAGAAUGGUGUUUUCCUUUUGAAAUCUCCAGAUAACAUUUGCACAGUUAGCUAAGCUAUACAUGAACCAUGAGUUGGAAGCUUUUGAGUAUUCUAUCUGUUCUUUUUACUUCUUAUUUGUACAUGAAUGUGUGGAUCAGGGACUGAUCUGAAAAGAUGCAUAGUCAGAGAAGAUUUUUCGUCUGUGGAGAAGAAUUGUUAUAAUUAAUAGAACAGGAUGCCACAUAAUUAAAUUCAGGUAGAAAACUGUACAAAUAUUAACAAUAAAUGUUUGAGGUGUACGAAGAUUUUAGCUAAGCAAUUCCCAAAAGUAUGAAAAUUAAUUAUUUAGCUAAAACUCCAGGUACCUUACUGACAGUAAAUUCUUAAAUACAUCACACUUCAACUCUGCAAAAAGCUUUUUCACACUACAAAGUACCUAAUGCUGUUUAGAAAUCUGUAAUUUUAUACAAAAGCUAAUGAGCUUAGACAUCAAGUUACAUACAUCAAGAGGAUUCUGGCUUCUGCCUUGCAGUUUCUGUACUGAUGCUUAGAAUAAGCAUAAGAAUUGACAUGGAAAUAUUGUACCAUGUGGUGUAACAAAAUCCUUUGCCAUUUUUUAAAACAAAACGAGAUGGGAAAACAGUAUUUUUGAACAUGUUGCUGUGUCUGUAGCAUCAAUUAAUGCAAAUUAGAUUUGCACUGUUUUUAUUAUGUGUUUUGCCAGUGUUAGAGAGAAACUAAGGUACUGCUGAACCUCACCUUCACUGCAGCUGAGCACCAGCAAGGCAGAACAGUGUUUAACCUUCAACUUAAGUAUUUUCAUUCUCCUUUUAAAAUUAACAUACUAUAAAUCAUUAACUUGAGUCAGUACAUAGACAACAUCCAAAGUUAGAUUGGUGCGAUACACUUGGUUACUUACUUCAUGCAUUGAAAUGAGCUUCCUUGUCUUAAUUCAAGCAAAGACCUUGUAAUCAGUAACUGUCCUUCCAUGGCAAGCAUUAUAGAUCUUUUGUGGAGUUAAAUGAAGAUAAAAGAAAUGAAGAGUUUUCACUGUUGAAUAAAGAGCAGUUGUGUUACAUGACUCAAGGUGUUCAUUGAAAAAGCUCCUCAAAAUCUUAAUUUCUGAAGAAGAAUGUUGUUGUGUUAAAAAAAACAACUUUGUAAGCAUCUGAUGCCCACAUUGAAAAGAAAAUAUAUCCAAGAUUCUAGAAAGCACAUCUUUAAUAUUUUGAUUCUACUGGUAGGUAUAGCCAGUCAGUGGUAUCUGAGACCAAACUUCUCUCUAUUUGUAACAAUACAUCAUCCAGGGAAAUUGAACACUUAAAUUGCACCAAGUUGGAUAGCAGUAGAAUGACCAAAACUAAAUAUAUCUUUUGAGUGAUGAGAGUGAAAAAGGCGCUCCUUAAGAAUUUCUGCAUCUGCAAAUUUCUGUUUGUGUGUAACCACAGGCAGGAAGAAAUCAGCAGAAGUCGAAUAGAUCUUUGUCCAGUACCAUUAAAGGAAAGACUAAUAAUGAUGAGGAAAAUCAUGUGUCCACUAGAUUACACAUAGUUUCACUGUACAGCACUAAAUGGUAUUAUCCAUUCAAAUAUGUUAAAGUACAGUAGCAACAUUCCUUUCCUCAUCGUGACUGCUCGCAAAUGUAUACAAAUUUGCCUAUCUACAUGACCCAAAAGGAGUCAAAAAGCAGUCAUUGUGGACAACCACAUACAAGAUAUGCUGGACUAAAUAAUGUUUGGAACCAAGUAUGAAUGUCCCUUCAAAGACACAUGUCUUGAAGUGUAGAUCACUUUUGCUAUAUAAAAUGAAGAUAGAAUUUUAGCCUAGGUGUGCGCAGAGCUCACUUGCUAGUAAUCUCACUCAAGUAAUUCCCUCUGCAGGAAAAUGAAUAACUUUCACACUUGGAAAAGUCAAGCAUAAACACCACUUCAACUUUAGCAAAGAGAAAAAAAAGAAAACAUAUUCUGUAUGCUGGGAUUUCAAGGAAUACAGUCUGCUGUUACAAACCUGUGUUUUUUUCUGAUAAUUCUAGAGCCUGUUACCAUAAAGAGGCAUUUCUUGAAUGGCUGGUGGUAGUUAGUUCAUGUUUUUCAAUCCAAUUUGCAAUUGUAUUUGUUGCUGUAUAGUGACUGUUUUGCAAAAUAAAAUUGCUUGUCAUCUAA